AUGACCGUGGCUCCACUGUCCCUGAUGACCCUGUUGUCACCGUCACCCCCUUCCGCCCCCCCAGCUGUGUCCGGUCCCUCUGGGCCCCCUCCCCCAAGGCCUGCAGGGUUCUGGAAAGUCCCGCCUUCCCCAGCUCGGAAGGCCGAGCUCAGAGCCAGCCAGAGCAGGAGGUGUCCAGCCCUCAGGUUCCCUCUGCCCGCCCCUCCCCGCGUAGGUCCUGGCCGGGAGCUGACGAGGGUGCGGGCUGCCUUGUACGACAAAGGGGAGGCCAGGGGCCAGGGCCGGCUGCGGCCUCCUGGGGAGGAGGGCUCGGAGCCAAGAAGCUCCGAGGCUGGAGAGGAGGCCCUGGGGAGGUGGCCGGGCCCUGCCCCGCCCGACUCAGUGACCCCGGAGCGUCUGCCCGUGUGA